AUGAACAACUCGGGUUAAUUACCAUAGAGUCCUUAAGAAUAAUUAGAGGAGCGGAUAAAGGCAUUAUCACUAAAGUAUAAAGAGCGGAUCGAUGAAACCUAGAUUUUCAAAAUGUUCAUAAGUGAUCAGGAUGAUUAAUUUGCAAUAUGGAAAAAUGCAGAAAGUCAAGUAAAAUCAGUUUGUGGAGCUGAUGUAAAAAGUGGAGAACUGACAUUCUAAUGUUUCACUUGUGCCCCUGAUCCUCAUCAUAUGUACUGCUAGAAGUGCUUUGAUCCCGAUGUACAUCUGAAUCAUAAAUGCAUCAUUAAGCAUAUGAUUGGCGGUGCUUGUGAUUGUGGUGAUGAAUAAACAAUCGUACCAUCCGGGUUUUGCUCAAAACAUCAAGGAGUCUCAAAGUUUGAUAAAGACUAGGAGUUAAAAAAAAUUUCAGAUCAACUUAAAAAGAAUAUAGAAAUCUUCAUAAAAGCUGUGUGUAAAAUAUACUUACAACUUAUGAGAAGAAUAAAGUCAGAUCAUGACAUGUAUAAUCCCGCAAUCCUAAAGCUUUAUCACCUAAGCGAAAAGUGGUUGAUUGUUCCUAUCAAAUAGGUUAUAGAUUCUGAAUAUGAUUUGGAGGAAUAUUAUAGAAUAUUUUAGUAGGCAUUAUAUUUGAACUCAAUACUUUUUAUAAUGUGUGAUUGGUUCACAGAAUCAAGACUAUGUUUCAUAAUUUUGGUUUCUUAAAUAUUUUAGUCCCAAUUAACACCAGAAUCCAAUCAAACACUAUUUGAAGAUUUAAUGGAAGUUCAAGUAUUACUUGAAGUUUUGGGACCAUAGCCAGCCUAAAAAAUAGAAAGUUUAUUAUUUAGGCUUUACGCAGACUAUCAAUUUAAAUAGUUCUUAUAGGUUUGUUACUUAAAGAAAUAUUCGUCGAUGUGGUUAUAGACUAAGUCUAAAGUGACUCAGUACGACAAAUAGAUGCAGGAUUCUAUAAUCCAAUUGUCAACUAUAAAUAAUUAGCACAUAGUUACGGCUCAACGCGAAGUCUUAGUGAAAAUGGCUUAGAAAGUGAAACUCUAUAUUGAAAGUUAUAAAAAAUCAACUGAAAUUACAACAGGUUUGCAUGUCUCUGAAAUUCAUGAAUAGCAUACUUAAUAUGUGGCAGAAAAAUUGCAAGAGAUAUUCCUAAAUCAUAAAUAUCUCUAAAAUCUCAAUGAUUAAAUUAGAGAGGUUUUGAAUUUAAUCUACUCCCACCAACCAAUUGCAACAACAUCUCAUCUAUCUUUUUCAAUAAUUUUCAAAUUAAGGUACGACUAUAGUUUUUUCUACAAACUUGGCUUUUAGCAACUGCAGCAUGUCCUUGGGGAUUAAUAUUAACAAUUUUUUACUAGUAACACCAGCAAGGAAACUAUUAGAAAUUUUAAGUAUGAUUAAUUCACAAUUACCUCUUAUUUAAACAUUUAUAAUUCAAUUAAGGCUCAACAUUUAGACAUACAAAACGAUCAUUUAACCAUUUUCAUAUAAGAUACGUAUGAUGGGUUUUAUUUUCUAAUUUGUUAAGGUUAGGCUGUUUAAGUGGUUUAAACAGGAAUUUAAAAGCUAUUUGCUUCUUAAUUUAGUACACCAGAAUUUUAAGAGAACCUUACCAAAGUAUUGUUAGUAUAAUCCUAUUAAAUUUUGAAAAAGAAAAGUAAAGGUAUAUCGGUAGAUGAUUAAUUGAAUGAGGCAUAUAAAAAAUACAUUGAAAAUCAAGAUUUGGGCGACGCUGAAUUAUUUGACAGAUUAGCAAAAAUUUAUUUUUUGUUGAUAAAAAGCAUAACCGUAGUUGAAAGAGUAUUUACUUUUCUCCUGUCGCAACUAUAUUGUUUGAAGAAUUUUUCAUCUGGAAAGGAAUUCGAAUCCUACCUACUUGAUGUUUUAGAGGAAGACAAAAAUGAAUUAAAAAAGAUCUUUUAUGAAGUCUUAUCAAAAUGCUUAUAGAUGUACGUUACAGUCUAGUUUUGUGACAAUCAGUAUUUACAGUAAAUUUAUUUGGGUUUGAAUGAUUAAUAAGAAAUUGGGGCUUCUGAAUCUUAUGAUAGUUCAUUUUUGAGAAUUUAUUUGUUCUUAUUUGAAAAUGAAGGCUUUUAGGAUUUAAUUCAAAUUAUGAAUAAUCGAAGAGUGCCAAAAUAGUUAGGUAGUGAAAGGAUUCUUUGUUCCUUGCUAUUAAGAAUUUUUAGUUCUGAUCUUGAUAUGUAUAAUAUUUGUAGCUCAACACUGAAAGAACUACCAAAAGACUUGAAAUUAUCUUUAGCAAAGGCAAUCUAAAAUUUUUACAAUCUUUCAACAUAUCUCUCUUUUACUGACAUUGAGGCUAAGUUAAAACGCAUGGGCAUUCAAAUUUGUUCUAAUCUCCCAGAUCAUGUUCUUUAGAUUUGUGAAGUUGACCAUGCAUUAAAACAAUUGAAAUUAAAACCAGAUUACAGAGUAAUUUAUGAACCAGCCAUUUUUUACAUUAAUACUUCUAUUAAUAGUCAGAUUGUCGAAAAAUUAGUAGAAUAAAAUAAAUCAGAGACUGAGAUACAUUUGGGUAAUGGAAUAUCUUGGGAUGUUGAACUAUUUUCAAAAAACAAUUAUAGAACCAUCCUUUACAAUAUUUUGAAACAUUACUGCUAGAGAGAAUACAUUUACUAAAAUAUUGAGUUACUAAAAACAAAAGGAUUUGCUCUAAUAUAAGCUUAUUAGUUGCUUUAUAUUUAAAUAGUAGCAGCCAAUUAUUUUGUGUAAUAAGAAUUUAAAUCUUAUGCUCCUUUCAUAAUUAAUGAACUUGAAUAAAUUCUUAAGGUAACUUAACGAAAAGAUGACAUUCAAAGAAUUUAAGUACUGAGAGCAGAAAUCGUCAAACUUAUCACAGUAGUUUAACCAGUUGUUUAGAAAUAACCCCAAGAUAACAAAGUUAAUUUAUAAAAUAAGAAGAAUCAAUUCAAGCAGAAGUAUAACAAAUUGCAAAACUCAGAAUUUAUACAAAAUAUGCUGGAAAGUAACAAUGUUAAGGAAAACAAGGAUGAAAAUGAUUAAAAAGUGUGUUCAUCCUGUAAAUUACCUUUGAGUUAAGAGGCUAGUGUAGCCUUAAUGUUAUUGAUCAAAAAACCUUAAACUUCCAAUUUUUCUAUCAUAUCUAAGGAGGGAUUAGAAUGUUUCAAAAACGAAAAAUAUAAUUUGAUUGAUUUAGGAAUAGCAACAUGUCAACAUUAUUUCCAUUAUACUUGUUUAAUAGAGAGGUUUGAAUAGGAUUAACAAUAUCGAAGAUAAAAUGCUCCAGAUUGGGUUAAGAUUGGAUGUCCAGUCUGUAAAUUGCCUUGCACAAUUACUUUACCAAUACAAAAGUAAUUUACCUCAAUGGAUGUGGAAUCCUUUAAUUAGAAUCUACAGUUGUUUGUAGCUAAAAAUGGAGUUGAGAAUUUAUUUGAAAAUCAAAUUGUUGCAUUAGAGACUCUAUCAGAAUCCUAUCUCAACAUUUUCUUUGAUUUGUUAAUUUCCUUAAUCCACAAUCCAUCAUAGUAUAUAAGGGAUUAAAAAGACAUUGUAUUCAAUCAUUUACUCUAAAUCUUGAAUGUUACAAAUAUGGAACCAGCCAAAAAUCAAAUUACUGAGAAAUUCCAAUUUUAGACAGAAAACAAUUUUAUUUUAAAAAUACUUUCUUUAAUUCAACAAUAUGUGAUUGUUGAAAAAGACUUGUAAAGGUUCAAAUUAGAAGUCAUUACUAGUUGCAGACAAUACAACAUAUCUAACGAAAUUACAAAUUAGAUAGUUUUGUCAUUAGAUAUAAAAGAUGAACUAGCGUAAUAAAGCUCGCAAAUCCAAAAACAAAUAGAGAAUUAGGAACAUCCUAAUCAAUAUGCUAUAAUAAAUUAAGAAUAAUUGGAAGACCAAUUAAAAAGCAUACUUGGAUUAACAUUUGAAGAGUUUUAUAAUAAAUACUUUACUAAAAAAUGUUUUGUCUGUGGAUUCUACAAUAAAAAUCAAUAACAUGGAGGAUUUUCUGUGUGUUUAUUCUGCUCAAAAACAUUCUGUAUAUAUAAAUGUCAAAAGGACAAGACUAUGGGCAAUUUAAAUCAACAUGCAAAUAAGGAGCAUAAUGGAAUAUCUAUUUAUGUUAAUUUGAGAAAUGGGUAUGUGACUUUGUUAUGUUCUCCAAUAUCCAUUCAGGUAAACUAUAGAAAUCGAGAAUCCGAAUUCAGAUUGGAAGUCAUUCCAUUUAGAUAUCUAAAAGGUUAAAGAAAUUUCACAAAUAAUCAUGAGCAGUUCUUAUUAAGCAAUCAUUAGGAAUAUAGAAGUCAGGUAGCACCAAUUGGAUAUGGAAGGAUGGCUUUGAAUUAGUAUGCAAUGAUUCUUGAGUAUCAAUAAAUUUGGUUAAUAAUUAUGAAUAUUUCUAAUUUUUUCCAGGAAUGCGUCAAUACUGUCAUGGAUACACGACCAAUUCAGUAUCAACCUUCGAUGCAAAUAAGUGAAGGAGAGAUUUUAGUAAAAGGAAAAACGUUUGGUAGAUGGGAAACUAAGAAGUUUAUUAUUGAUGAUGAGAAGAGGGUUUUCGCACUCAGGAGUUCUAAUGGAAAAACAAGACUAAAACCCUAUUUUCUCUAGGAGUAUUAAAUUGAGAAUAAAGAGAAGAAAAAAGAUAAAAUAACAUUUGAUUUAACUUCGAAAACUGGAGGAAAAUGCUUAACUCUUGGGAUCGAAAAUGAACAAAAGGCAAACGAGUUCAUUAAUACUCUUCAGGAUUUAUGCAAUAGAGUAGAAGUGAAGCAGAAUGUGAAUGAAACUAUAUAGCAGAAUAUUUAAGAUCAAAGCUAAAUCAAUUAACAUUGUACCAUUAUUAUAAAUUAUAGGGAGAAAUCAAGGUGGAUGAAAUUGAUUAUGAAAUUCCGAGCUUCUUUGAUAUCGGAGAAAUAAGGGAUAGGUAAAAAAGUGUUUUAAAUUAGUAUCGCUCAUAUAAGGAAGGGAUAACACAAUUUGGAGAAUUUUAAAUUAGUUUUUGAGAAUAAAUUAUUAAUAUAUAGAAAUGAACACAACCAUCAUUAAUUUAAAGUUUUCAUGGAAUUUGACGGCGAUUGCCGAGAUUCAAUUAUUCAGAAUUUAACAGAUUAUAAUAAAAUUAAUUAGUGGAAUGCACUUAUUAAUGCACAAGAUAGUAGGAUGAUAAAAGAGUUGCAUGCAGAUAAAUCUUUUCUGAUAUGUGAGAUUCGUGAAUUGUCAAACCUAUUCAUCUUUAAACGAGAAUUUCAAUAUUUGCAACAUCAUUUAAAAGUUGAUAAUAUCGAUUUUAUUGUACAAAAAUAAAUUGAUCAAAAAUCCUACACUAAAAAUUAUUAAGGAAGCCUUAAAUAUGGUGUAUGGGCUGUUUAAACAAGUGAAAAUACAACCAAACUCUAUUACUUUUCUGAACAAUCUAUGUAAGGGCUCUCUUAUCCCGAUGAGGAUGGCUAUCUUAUAUAGCAAUUUUUAAAGCAAAUAAUCAAUAUAUAUUAAUAAAGCAGCAGAUCUUAAUAGGAUUUAUCAUAAAUUAAGUAGAAUGAACAAAAUUUAUAAGUUUAUUAAUAGAAUCAAAAUCAGGCAUUAACAAAAAAAUAAUCAAAUAAAUAAGAAGACAAGGAAGAGUUCUAUGAUUGCGAAGAAAUAGAUGCUAUGAAUGAUAAAUUGUUUAUGGUUGAGGCAGAUUCCAAUAAAAAUAAUGAUGUACAAGAUGAAGUUGCGAGAGAUGUCUAUGAACAGAACAUCAGAAGAUUGACAUCUCUUCCUUUAUAAGUAGACGCAUUAGAUAAUAUACAAGACUGGGUUGAUAAAAAGAUGAAAUUAGUGUUAUCUGGGAAUUAUAAUUCCCAUUCUAUUAGUGUUAAACAUUAAUUGUAACCAAAAGAAUAUGAUCCAACACAGCGUUAAUUAUUAACGUAAUAGGAAGGGGGACAUUAUAUUUUUAAGAAGGAUUUCAUAAGGGAAGAGAAGAGUGGAGGAUUAAAAGUGAUUAAUGAAGAAAAGUUAGCCGCUUAAAAGGCUGUCAUCAAAUUCUUAUUAACUAGAAUUGGUGCUUCUCUUAUGAUGGGCAAAUCAAUUACUAGUAUAUCGAUGCCAGUAUCUAUCUUUGAGGCUAGAUCAAAUACUGAGAGAGUAUGUAAUAGUAUGGGAUUCGCACCUAUUUAUUUGGAAGAUGCUGCUCAAUCUUCAGAUAUUUAUUAUAGGAUUAAAUAAUGUGCUGCUUUUUAAUUUGGAUUUAUAUUUAUGUAUCUAUCUUGUGAAAAACCCUUCAAUCCAAUAUUAGGAGAGACUUUUUAAGGGUUCUAUGAUAAUUGUCCCAUCUAUUGCGAAUAAAUUAGUCAUCAUCCUCCUAUAUGUGCGAUCUAAAUGUAUGGUCGAAAAUACAGAAUAGAUGCUUAAUUGGAAUUGAUUGCUAACUUUAAUUCAAAUUCAGUGGUUGGCAGAAAUGUUGGUACAGUCAAAAUCACAUUCGAAAAUCCUCAUCAAGUUGUAUUGAUCACUUUGGCUCCAGGCAGUUUGAAUGGAACAACCUAUGGAGAUAAAGUGAUGAAUUAUCUUGAAAAGUAAUUCAUAAUAGAUUUAAAAAAUAAAAUAAUCGCUGAAAUUACUUUUAAUCCGGAUAAAAAAUAUUGUCAGUUUUUUGAUGUUGAAUACGUAAAUCAAUUGGAUUAUUUGUGUGGGGCUAUUUGUGAUGUGACUGAUGCAGCAAUAUUGAAAUAUCACAAGGAAGGAUAUCGCAAAUACAAAGGGUUGGAUCUAAAGUCAGAUAUCAAAUAAAUUAGACAUAAAAUCAAAGGAAUAUGGGUGAAUGAAAUCAAAAUAGAUAAUUAGAAGUUAAUUUCUAUUUACAAUGACUUUCCUGUUAAAAUGUAAUUGGCUUAAUAUCCAAUUCCAUCAGAUGCUAAUUUCAGAAUGGAUUUACUGUGGUGGAAAUUGAGAGACUUUGAUUAAUCUUAAUAGUGGAAGGAGAAAUUGGAAAUCCUAUAAAGAGAAGAUAGGAAGUUGAGGGAACAGAAAAUGAAAAAGAAGAAGUGA